CAAGGCAAAACACAAUAAAUAAAGGUCCACGUCACCGACAUCUGGCUAAAACGGCAUUUUCUGGUAAUUUUUAGUUCACGCACAGCGAGGUUUCCGUUACAUUGAAAAACUCCUCCAUUUCCAACAUCUGUUGAUCAUCUCAUCACAUCACAAAGAGAGAGAAAAAAAAAAAAAAAAACCUUUAGAAACCUCUCGAGAGAAUUAGGACAAACGAUUUUGCAGAAAGAGAACAAGAAAGAAAGAAAAGAAAUCUUUUUUCUCCUCUUUCUUCUUCUUCUUCUAUUUCUUGCAAAUCCCUAAUUUCGAUGGCGGCGGAGAUAUCAUCAUCGAUAUCGCAUUCGCCGCGAGAGAUUAAUAUGAACUUAAAUGACGACGUUCAGGAGAUGAUGUUAGCCAAGAGAGGUUGCUGCUUGUGGAUCCCUUGCUUCGGGAGGCCAGACCGGUCGCCGGCCGCGGGAUCGAUCUGGUGGCAGCGGAUGCGGCCGGCGGAGAACGACGAUCCGUGGUGGAGCCGGGGGUGGAAGAAGGUACGGGAGUGGUCGGAGAUCGUCGCCGGUCCGAAGUGGAAGACGUUCAUCCGACGGUUCAACAGGAACCACCGCGGGUUCGGGUACAAGGAGGGCGGGAAGUUCCGCUACGACGAGCUCAGCUAUUCGCUCAACUUCGACGAAGGGCCGGGACAGAGCGGCGCCGACGACGUCAACUUCGUCCGCCGAGACUUCUCCAGCCGAUACGCGUCGGUGCCGGCGUCGGCGAAGCCAUUGAUGGAUUUCGGGAGAGAAGGCCAAGGGCCGUCAUUCGCGUGAGUGUCACGUGAUCUGGCUGUGGCUGUCGGAGUUGUUUUUGUUCGUUUUUCUUUUUUUUUUUUUGGCCGGCUCGGCGUGGAGUGGCAGUGGCGAGUUUUGCGGAGAGUGAUCGUUGCGCUAUGGGCGGCGGCCGUUGACCUUUUUGUCUGCUGACGUGGAAGGAUGGUUGGUUGGUCGGACCACUCAGGAAUUUUUUUUUUUACUUUUUUUUUUCAUUUUAUUGGAAUUUAUAAUUGUUUUACUUCUUUUGUCCGGUGGAUGAAAGUAAAAGGGAAAAGAAAUUAGAGAUUGAACAUUGUUGUUGUGUAAUAAUGUAUAGGAGGUCUUGUCUAAACGACAUUAGAAAUUAAAAGAUUUGGGAAUUGAUUGU